CUGUUUCAUUUAAAAAUAAUGGAACCUGAAGAGGAAUUGUAAUGUGGUUAGCUAAAUGUUAUAGGUACUAUUUGGAGAGUAAACAGGAAGGAAGGGUAAAAUGGAAUGAGAGACUUGGAAAAUAUUACAUUGAUAUAUCUCUUGAAGCUUUGUAUGAUGACCUGUACAGAGACGAUUUUGUUUUCUUCAUUAAAAGCUUAAUAACGGAAGAAAAAGAACAGUAGCAGUUUGGGUUCAAUAACUAAGGGUGGUGUUGCAGGUCAAAAAAAAAAAGAGCCUGUUCUCCUCAGGAUAUUAAUGUGUACCUUCGAUGGGAAAAACGAGCUAUCUGUUGAGGAAGCUGCAGCUUUAUGUCCUCAUCACUAGAGAUCCCCAUAUGCCCUUGGAUCUGCAGAAGUCAGAAAUGGCAGAUCUCAGUUGCUGAGACCAGAGGGCUCUCAUUUGCUAUUCAUGGCAGGUAUUCAGCUCAGUCUGCCCAGAGCAAAUCUGUUUAAUGUUGAUCAGCUGUCCAUCUGAUAAGUUGAAUUGAUAUGGACAUUUUCCUGGGAGGACUGCCCUGACAAUGACAGCAGGAGCAUCAGGAUGCCUUGUUAGUCUCUCUCUACUCCCCCUCACCCCAUCAACAGUAGAAUAUAUUAACCCUUCCUUAGACCUUGGGUUGUAGCAGAAUGCAGUUUUCUGUUCUAUAAUAUAGAUGGCUUGUAUUUCUAUCUCAUCCUGGAAGACAGCAAAGUUUAACAUUGACUAGAAUGUUUCUGUCACAUACCACCAUAUGUACCUCCAUAAUUUGAUACAUGGCAAUACUACCCCUAGCUAUUGAAUCAGAACUACUACUACUGAAAUAUGAUACAAAAUGAUGAUAUGCACAUGAGAUUGUUUUAAUUUGGUAAAUUUAUUUCUUUAGUUUUUUCUUAAUAAUUGCUGUUGUAUUAAAAUUGUCAGUCCACAUCUGAAGAAUGGAGGAAGGAUUUUAACACCAUUUUCUGUUUCAGGUUUUUCAAGAAAUAAAGAUUCUACUUCAGAUAGAAAGAAAUGUAAUCAAAGGAGACAGUUGGGCAAGAUAGGCCCAAACAGAGGGAAUGUUACAUUUACACUGAUAAAUAUCCAGUUCUGCUCAAAGUUUUUUUUAUAAUACCUGUGAAUCGUGCAGUGGUUCUGCAACUGAUUGAACUAUGUCUGAUCUUUACUUUAAAGCCAACGAACUCUUGCAGAGAUCACAGAGUUGAUCCACACAGCUUUCCUUGUGCAUCGCGGAAUAGUAAACAUUGCUGAACUGACAUCCUCAGAUGGAGCAUUGAAAGACAUGCAGUUUGGAAAUAAAAUGGCUGUCCUGAGUGGUGAUUUUCUUCUAGCAAAUGCCUGCACAAGCCUUGCUCAGCUGCAAAACACUAAGGUGGUAGAGAUGAUGUCAAGUGCCAUUGGUGAAUUAGCACAAGGAAUCUAUUACGAAAAUUCAAGCUUGAUAAAGAUGAUGAAAACUCCUCACUAUCCCAGAAGGGAAAAUGUUCUUACGGACGACAUCAGAAUAUCAGCUUGGAAAGAGCAGGUUUUCCUAUCUCAUUGUGUCUUGCUGGCAAAGAGCUGCCAGGCUGCAAUGGAACUGGCAAAGCAUACUGCGGGAAUUCAGAAUAUGGCGUUUAAGUAUGGAAAGCACGUGUCUAUGAGUCACAAGCUAAAUGUUGAUAUUCUGCCAUUUAUUAGUGGAAAUUCGAAUGAUUCCCUGGCAUUUGGCUUAAAUUCUGCUCCUGUAGUAUUCCAUCAAGAGUUUGUUGGAAGAGAAGUCUGGAUUAAGCAAAUUAAAGAGGCUCAAGGCAAAGGAGACUUAAUAGACUAUAGCAAGUUGCAAGAUGCAAUCAAGGCUGGCAAAGGUGUGACUUCAGCUAUUGACCUAUGUCGUUGCCAUGGAAACAGUGCACUGGAAGCUCUAGAAUGUUUCCCUCCCUCCGAGGCCAGAUCUGCCUUAGAAAACAUUGUUUAUGCUGUGACAAGAUUUUCUUAAUGUGGAACUGAAAAAAAGAAACCGCUGUUCAUUUGUGGAAAGACGCAGAACAGAACAGGUGAUUGCGAAAGUGAGAUGUGCCAUUGCUAGGGAUCCAAAUGCAUUUGUGGCUUUAAAAAAAAGUGUUUCUGUUCCAUUCACUACAUUCCCAAAUGAACACAUCUCCUUUGGAACUGCUACAAACAAAAUUAGGGAAAAAAAGGUCAAACAGUUUUCAGUUGUCAUGCCAGAAGCACACUUGAGGCUGCACUGGUAGAAAUAAUUAAUGACACUAGCUUGUGUGACCUCAGCAAAUGGACAGGAAAUAAGUCCUUAUUGAUUGGACAUAGUCAGGGAUGGCGCCAGCAUGGUGGCCUGUGGUUUUCCUGCAGUAGGGAAGACAGAGGGGGCCAUGGAGCUGCAGGUGUUGGGAGCAGUGGUUUCUAAAUCUACCAGAAAGCGGGGUGCUUAAAAGUAGAAUUAAUCUAGCAAUUUAUCAACACAAAGGGCAGAAAGGAAAGGAUUUUUAUCUGACUACAUAAAAUGUUUCUUUAGCAGUCUCUCUGUGCACUGAAACAUAAAAUAACUUUGUCCCUAAUGUGUUUAAAAAGGUUGCUGAAAGAGCAGUGUAAGUAUGGAAAAUGCUCUUUCGUGCUGAGUGUUCUGUUUGUGAAAUUUUCAGUUUGAUUAAAAAUGGAGCUUUAAACUCUGCUUGCAUUUUCUAUAUCAUGCAAAAGCAGAUACUGUAUUUUCUUAUAUUUACCAAGAGAUUUACUCAGUGUUCAUUUUUGCCAAAUAAAUGUUACUUCAAUCAAUUUCUGCUUCAAUUCUCUAUCACAAAGUAUUAAGUGAUAGUUCUUUUUCUCUUCCCUCCGUACAGGAUUUCAUUCCCUGAAUGGAUGUAUAAGAAGUGUUUUAACCUUACUGUGUCAAAUGUUAAAGUCUAAUUACAGAGAGAAUACAUGGUAUAUCAGAAGCCUGCAAUCAGACACUGUCUCUAUUUUGUUCAUAGGAGAUGAUUUUUGUGGUUUGCAUGCUUGCAAUCUGAGAACAUCGUUGACAAGAAGGCUGAGUUUACAUAAAUGAUCCAGAUUGAGACUCAGCUACCUUUCUUCCUUGUGUGGUGUAAUUACAGCCCAAUCUGGAGACAGCUAGCACAGCAAACAGAUUUCAUUACAUUGCUCUUUCAAACACUAAGUGGAGUUAUUUUAGUUAAUUUCUUUCUCUGUGUCUCUCAAGUGAUGUGUCAUACACCUUCUGCAUAAUGGCAAAUAUUUCACCAACAGGAACAUUACUUUUUAAAGUUGAAUAUUUCAUUUCACUUAUGAGACAGAAUGAGUAUUUGACUAGAUUGGACUUCUAGUACAUUUCUUAUUUCCAAAAAUAUUAUUACACUUUUAUAUUCAGUAAUUACAUGAAUAAAUCAAACUAUUUCAGUCCUAAGGAACAUUCAGUUUUGACGAGUAGAUAGACAGAUAGAUAGCAAUUUUUAAAAAUUAGCACAUGUAACAUAGUAAUCUGCAAUUUACUAUCAACAUACAUGUUAUCUAUUAUAACCUUAUAGCAGUCCUUGUAAUAAAUAUACCCAGAAAAAAGGCACAGAAAGAAUAUAGCUAAAUUAUUAAGAUAUUCAGGUUCUGAUAAAGGUAGAUGGGAAACUGGAACGACCUGAAAAUUGUCAGAAUUUGUAACUAUUAUUUCUUUAACAAUAUUCAUUAACUUCUUAUCCUAACAAUUGCUUCACCUGUGAAGGACUUUCUGGGUACAUUACAGUGUUUGUAUCAUCUGAUAAGAUACACAAGGGACUUCAGGAGGAAGUUCUGUCAUGUGAACAGAAAUCUUCUCAUGCAAUUGUAAUUUUUCUAUAUCUUCAGGUAUCUAAAAAUAUGAGUAUUUGAUAUUAUUAUUGAGUAUUUAGCUUCCACUACAAUUUUAAGAAAUCAUCUGAAAUGCAAUUUGCUGGAUUCUUAGUCUUCAAAAUAAGUUAAGUACACCAAAUGAGACAUCUGCAAGCACAGCUGAACUAGGUUGGAGUUUUGUACGCCUGCCAACUUCAUGGGGGAGGUAUGUGGCUUGUCACUGUUAUGACGACACUGAUACUGUUCAAUAGCUGCCCCUCAAACAUUGACAUUUUAGAAAUCAUAGUUAAUAUAGAUAUAAACUUUUUAUUUACCUUUAAAAGCUUAAGUUAUCUAACCAUUAGAGUGUUGUUAAUCUCUAGUCAAUACUGUAUAAAUACUGUACUCAAAUAAUAUUAUGUACUAAUUAUGUUUUAUAAUAAUACAAUAAAACAAAUUAUAGAAGAAAAAAGCUCCCCUUGAUACUAGUGCAGCAGUACUCCCUCACACACUUUCAGGCAUAGAACACAUGUUAGAUGAAGGGAAGCUGCCAUGGCUACAACAUUUUUGCACCUAGUAGCAGUAAGAAUGCUUGUAAAGAAAAUGAUCAUUUCCUCAUGGAAAUAAUUUCAUUUUGGAGAUAUGUGCAGAUUUCUCAGGACAAGCUGAAAAAUGUAAAUACAUUAGUGGGCAAUGUCAAGUUUUAUUGAAGUGUUCAAUGAAAAAUAUCUGCCAAUUGAACUAUAGGAAGUUGAAGAUAUAUUUGAAUAGAUUUUUUGUAAUGCCUUACACUGCAAUUUGAUGCCAAAAUCACAAGUUACCGAUAUCUAUACAAGCUCACUUCUAAUCAAGUUUUCUUGCCCUUAUAUGUAAACCAAUACAUGGUUCAAUAUGUAACUGAAGAUUAAAUGGGACAAGCAAAUCAAUUAUGUAAAUAAGGAUAAGUAAAAAAAUAAAAGGUACAAUCCAUUUGCAAGAGGUCAUAUAUGAUCUUCCAUUCAAAGUUUGCAGAUGUGUACCAUAAGAUUUCUACCUAUUCAUAGGAUUUUUAUAUUUGGUUUUAUUUUAUAUUUAAGGCAUUGGAAUCCUACAGGCAAAUCAUAAUCCGCAUCUUCUGAACUUAUGAUGGUUUCUUUCAUCAAUCUAUCAACUGUUUUAGGAAACAUGAUCAGGUGGUUCAGUUCUGUUGGGAUUGCAUUAGAAAUCACUCCAUUUCCUGAAUUAUGCUUUUCAGUCCAUAACACUGUAAACAGUACAGGCAGACUGCAGAAUCUGAUCCAUUGUGUAAAUCUUUUGAAAUAGUCGGCUGAAACCUAUCAAAAACAAUCAGCAAUGUAUUGCUAGAAAAUGCAGCAUAUUCUUCGCUAACACAUCUCUAAAGCCUACCCACUUCUUUCUUUUGCUAGCUUUCAAUGACAGCUUAUUUUCCUAAGGGCACACUAUUUUUAUGGAACGUACAGAUUUUUUAUUCAAUGUUUCCAUUAAAACACCUAGUAAUGAAAGUGUCUUGGGUUACUUGUGUCAGCCAUUAGGAGUGGCAUCUUAUUCUGAUAGACUUAGGGGUGAAACCAAGUGUUUUCAUAUAUAGUUAUUAUCAAGGGACUCAUCAAUACUUUUGCUAUUAGGUCAACCUAUCAACUUAUCUAUGCCCAACAGGACAUUCUUAUCCUUUUUGUUUACUGAAGAAUUGUUAAGGAAUGAAAUCUUCAAGCACUGCCUGUAACAAUCCAUCCUCUUCUGUAGAGUGUUUGAAUGCAGUACAGUUUGGUGUCCUUGAUCAGUAAAUUAAUGUGCCUUAAAUCUAAAUGAAAAUAAAUUUACAGAAGCAGGAAUGAAUACACAUUCACAUAAAAAUAUGUUGGCUUUAUAAUUGUUUUUCAUAUUCUUCUAACAUUACUGAUAUGCUAUAUAAAAUUGUUAUCCUCUGCAUUAGUCAAAAGAAUACUUUGGCUCCCCCAUGUGUAACAGAUUCUCACAUCCACAAAAUUUGAAAUUCUGAAUAAAUUAUGUCAAGGCCUUUCUUAAUGCUUGUGCUUGAAUAAUUCUUCCAUAAUACAAAAUUAAUAUACAGUUUUGUUUUUUAAAUAGGUUUGGUGGUACUUGUCAAUAAGACAUCAUUUGAUUGAAUAACCUGGGCUGCUUGAUAAAGUACAACAUUCUGUGAACACCACCCAACCAUUUAAAAUAUUUUGCUUGUUGCAAUAAAAGAGAUCUGAUAGUUUUGAAAAAUUGAGGAUGGGGAUAGACAGAAUUUUAUCUCCUCUCAAACCAACCAGUGAAACUGAUGGGAAGAGUUAUGUACAUUACAAUAUGUAAUCAACUUGUAGAAUCAUCACAAGAUGUGGUAAUUGCCACUAAUUUGAAUGGUUUUAAAAGAGCAUUGGAUAAAUUCAGGGAGGACAGUCUAUAAUUGGCUAUUAGUCUUGAGACUCAAUGUUAUCUCCAGAUUUCAAGCAAUAGCUGCAAGGGAACAGGAGAUGGGGUCCCCCCCCCCCAAUCUUGGUGUUGUACCUUGAGACUUUGGUUAGCCAGUGUGUGAAAUAAAAUGCUGGUCUAAGAUGGGCUUUUGCCUAAUAUAACUAUUCUUAUGUUUAGCCUGUAUCUGGAUGAUUGUGCUAUGUCCACUCAUUAUUUGAAGACCAAUAAAUCACCUCCCUUUUUAUAAUA